GCUGAGCGUUUAGGUGUCUUACCCUGUGUCUUAAAGUGCUAACAGAGGAUUACUGAGGUAAAUGUUGAAAGAGGUUUAGCCACUGCGCUUAGGCAGUGCUCUUAAUUACAUUUCAGCAGAGUGUCCCGCAUGCAGUUGGACGAGAGAUCAUAGUGAUGUCAGGUAAGGGGGGGCUUAAGCAGGCAGAUAAAGCCAAGCUAAUAGAGAUAACAUCAAUCUGUAAUUAAAGGUCUUUUUUAGUUAAGACUAGGAGCUGGCACUUGUUGGCCAAGGCAUCUGCAGCAGGACUGAAGACUUGAGAGUCUUUCUUGUUGCAGCUUCAGGUGCUCAUUUUGGGAUCAUUUUUCUUGUUUGGAAUGAAUGCAUUGAUAUUUACUUUCUGACUGAGAGCCUGGACAGUUUCACAUUUCUCUGGCAGACAUUCAGAGAUUUCUCAAUAUCAGACUAAAAGGAGUGACGUUACGAAAAUAUCUUAUACCUGAGUCUGAGUGAGUGAAGACAAAGCACAGAACAAGUGAACAGGAAGAGGCAGUGUCAUGACCCCACGUGAACAGCUAAGGAAGAUAACAGCGCUGGGAGAGCAAGGCGCCCUAGAUGAGAAACACUGGUACCGACUGGUCAAUGGCAUGUCUGCUGGAGAGUUGCGGCAAAGGCAGGAGCUCAUGAUGAGGAACCAGAUGGCCAUGGCUCCACAGAUCAUGGCUCAGGGGCAACAGAGACUGCAGGGAGUUCCCACACAGUUUGAUCCCCGCUUCAUGGAGAGAGAACUUGUGCAACCCACUGAGAUGGUAUCAGCUGAUGCUAGACAAAUCCACAUGGGUGCCCACCUCGGCCCACCUAUGCCCCCAAACUCCAAUGUUAUUCCAGGCAGGGGAUUCCCUGGCUCAGGUUACGGCUUCCUUCCAACUGAAACCAUGGAGACGGUUGCCAGACGACAAGAGUUAAUUCACAAACAGAACAUAGCCAGGAUGGAGAUGAAUGCCAUCCUGCACCAAAAAGAGUUGGAGAAUGCCCACCAGAAGGGUCUUAUUGGUAUGGAGAAUCCCAUGAUGUACCAGGGCAUCCAACCCAAUCCAAUGGCCUUCAGGGGCCGCCAGCGACUCCCGGAUGGUCAUGAUGUAUUCGUCCACCGCACCACUCUUGAAGACCUGCAUGCGAACAGUCUCCUCAUGUCAAGCCCUUACCCACCGAUCAGCACACUGCAAAGGGAGCGCGGACGCAGGACAGGCAGGAGGACCACCAAUCAUAAGAGCUCAGACAGCAACAUCACUCUCCCCAAAGGCCAAUCAGAAGAGAAGAACAUUGAGCAAAGUCCAGGAGGUGCCUCAGGAGAGGAGAAGGAAGUUGAAGGGAAAGGUGAAAUGAGCAACGAAGCCACCAGCAGCAAACCACACCAAACCAAAAUAGACACAGAGCUGUCUUCAGCCAGCAGUAGGAAAAGUUUUAAGGAAGGAGAGCCAGGGAUUCGCAAGGCAUGUAUUAGUGGACAGGAGGGUUGUGCUGAAGUCACCAACUGCAAUGCUAGCACCAGCGACAAAGACAUUUCCAACCCUUGCUCGGCUUUCCAAGAAAAGUUUCUGUACCCGUCUGCCGCUGGCCCACUCACAGGGAUGCCCUACAUGCUCCCCGUGCCAGGAAAUGGACUUCUACCACUGGGACCUCCUAAUAUGUUUCUUAAUGGAGAAGAGAUGUCUUCAUUACAAGAUAUUCGCAAGUGGACAGUUGAUGACGUCUUCAACUUUAUCAGUGAAAUACCAAGCUGCGCUGAAUAUGCACAGACAUUCAAAGAGCACAUGAUCGAUGGAGAGACGUUGCCUCUUCUAACAGAGGAGCACCUCCUGGAUACACUGGGGCUAAAGCUUGGGCCGGCGCUCAAGAUACGAUCACAGUUGUCCCGGCGGCUGGGUAACAUGUUCUACAACAUGAUGAACUUGCACCUGCCUGUCUCUGGCCUGCAGCCUCCACCUGAGAAGAGUGGGGACAGAUCAUCAGACAUCAGCUCCCCCCUCCACUGCAACAGCGUGGAGCUGCUCAGCAGCCCCAGAGACACAGAGGCUCUUAAAUCUACAGAGCCUGUAAGUGAAGCUGACAACCCCUCACCGACCCAGAUGAGUGAGACCACCUGAGAGAGCUCAACUACUGGACUUCUUUUAUAUUUUUUUACCUCAAAGUCCUUUACUGUUUUGACACCUAACUGACAUCUCUAUAGUGAAUAUACUGAAUCUGAUCAUAUAUUUUUAAAUAUUCAUCACAAAUAUAUUAUGAUCUGUGUAAUGCAAUAGGUUCAAAAUGUGGUUUCCAACAGAGUUAGUGGACUGCUUUUCUACGUAUAUUAUGUAUAUUUUGUAAUAAGUUAGCAAAUCAAUUAGAAAUAAUUUUGUCCUUAUACUUUUUUAUUGUAAAAUUGAAUUUUGGUUUUUACUUCAAACUUGAAUUAUUCUCUAUUGUCAUGUGUUGUUUGCUAUGAAGUAAAUAAAAAUAAUGAUCACUUUGGUCUUUGUC